GUUCUAGCAUACGAGAGAUAUUUUAGUGAGCAAGAGUACAAGCGAGUCAUCAAACGCACGAAGAGAGGAAGCCGUGCGGCCGGUUCCACACUUCUCCUCAACCUGGUGACUGAGAAAGAGCCGCAGGUCCGUAAACUGAUAUGGAAAUGCUUCGUGAAAAUGCACCACCUGCUCCCCAAACUGGAGGAGUUGCUGAAAGCAAUGGGGGAAGAAGGUUCUGAUCUGAUCGAAUCGUUCAAAGCCAUGAAGGUUUCCUGGGAACUACCUGCUCAUCUGAAAGAUGUUCAGCAGAAGCACAUGGAGACUCUGCGGGCACAGACUGAAACACUGAGUGUGAACACCAUCCUGAUGAACGAGAAGGUUAAGGUUUUCCAGCUGCGUGAUCGAUACGCUGAGCUCACGGUCAUCUCCACUGUUCGAGAUCGGACACUGGUGGAACAUGAGCUGCUGGCAAGAGGCCGGGACCAUGAAGAGUGGAGAGAGGAACAUCUCAGGGGAGAGUUUGAAAAAAUCCGAACUGAUCAGUUAUUCCAGAACAUUUCGGCGAGCAAAUCCAAAUCUGGGAGUUCGUCUGCCGUGGCCGGAGUUCCGGGGAUCGGAAAAACAACAAUGGUGCAAAAGAUUGUUCAUGACUGGGCCACAGGGAAAAUAUUCCAACAAUUCCAGUUUGUCUUCAGUUUCAAAUUCCGGGAUUUGAACACUAUUAACUGCUCUGUGAUACAAUCAAACAUCUAG